AUGGCGUUCCUCUUCAAGUCCAAGAAGCACCAGGACCGGACGGUAACCAGUCGCGACGGCAGCUCGGGAUCUCAGGGGUCCAUCCAGAACGCCCCCGGACGCGCGGUUGCCAAAGACGACAAGGCAGCUUUGCAGCGCGCGACGCCGACGGGCAGCCUGCAUUCGAUCGACAACGACGCCAGCACCUCCAGCCCAGACCAGGCCCAUUCUCACGUCCGUCGCGCAGGCAGCGUGGAUGCGCCGCCGACGAGCGAUUUGCCUCUUCGAAAUGCGCCCCCCGUGAGCAACACCAACGCCUCGCUCUAUCCGUGGUCGCAGCGACGGUUGACGUACACUUCAUCCCAUCCGAGCCCGUUUCCCCGAUAUGGCGCUGCCGUCAACGCAGUCGCCUCCAAGGAAGGAGAUGUGUACAUGAUGGGUGGCCUGAUCAACAGCUCAACCGUAAAGGGCGAUCUUUGGAUGAUUGAGGCUGGUGGUAGCUCCAACUGCUACCCUCUGGCGACGACCGCCGAGGGUCCGGGACCUAGAGUUGGCCACGCCAGUUUGCUGGUUGGCAACGCCUUCAUUGUUUAUGGUGGUGAUACGAAAAUUGACGACAACGACAUCUUGGAUGAGACACUAUACCUACUUAAUACUUCAACACGGCACUGGUCCCGCGCCCUACCCGCAGGCCCGCGUCCGUCGGGGCGAUACGGCCAUUCUCUCAACAUCCUCGGCUCCAAGAUCUACAUCUUCGGUGGCCAGGUUGAAGGUUUCUUUAUGAACGACCUCUCUGCGUUCGAUCUCAACCAACUGCAGUCGCCAACGAACCGAUGGGAGAUUCUCCUCAAGGCAGAAGCGAGUCCCAAAAUGCCCGCCGCCCGAACGAAUCACUCCAUGGUGACAUUCAACGACAAGAUGUACCUGUUUGGUGGUACGAACGGCUUCCAAUGGUUCAAUGACGUCUGGUGCUACGACCCUGCCGUCAACAAGUGGGCGCAGCUGGACUGCAUCGGCUAUAUUCCUGCGCCUCGCGAGGGCCACGCUGCUGCUCUGGUGGACGAUGUCAUGUAUAUCUUCGGAGGUAGAACUGAGGAGGGUACGGAUCUGGGCGAUCUCGCCGCGUUCCGCAUCACGCAGCGGAGGUGGUACACUUUCCAGAACAUGGGCCCGUCCCCCUCCGCUCGGUCCGGCCACAGCAUGACGACGGUUGGAAAGUCCAUUGUGGUACUUGGCGGAGAACCUAGCACUGCUUCUUCGUCUACCAACGAUCUUGGACUCCUCUAUGUCUUGGAUACGACUAAGAUUCGGUAUCCUAAUGAUGCUCCAGGAGGACCUCAGAGGAUACCCCAGGCUCGGCGGCCCAGCGACGCAACGAAUCCCAACAGACAGCCACCCAUGCGCGAUGUAUCUAACGGCGGAGCCCCCCCUGACUCCGGGAAUGCGAUUGUCGGCGGCCCAUCGAGCAUCAACGGCCCUCCGGGUCGGAGAACUGCUUCGGGCGCCAUGGAUCCGAAUGGCUCGCCAGGCCUUGCUGGAGGACCGGGCUCUCCUCCUCCCGCUGGCGCUCCACCAAGAGCACCUCACGGAGGCCCCCCAGGUCCCGGAAACAAGAUGCAGAUGUCCAGGGCUUCUACGGCGGCCAGCCCAUCUGGCCCACCUCCGCAAGGUCCUACUCCCGCCAAGCCUGGUCCUGAUCCGUCUGCCGUGGGACGGGUUCGAGGUGCGUCAGUCGAUCGUGCGGCAGCGACGGGCUCGCCCCAGAUGGGAAUUGCCCCCUCACCAAUCGCCCGCGAAACAAUUCCCGAGGGCGAGGCGACCACGCCCACGCCUUCAGGCCCCAUGUCUGCUGCGGGCGGCCCCGUCAACGACCGACGAGCCCCGACUACGCCCACUCAAGCGUCAAGAACAGGAUCAAGACAGAGCUCCGUGGGUGGCGAGCCUCCCAGGGGCAAGCCUCGACCUGGCAACCCAGGUUCGAUUGAUAGCGUGGUAGAAGCAACUCAGAGAGCAACACCUGACGCGGCGCAAAGAGGCCCUCCAGACGCGAUGCAGAGAGCGGCCCCUGAGGCGAUGCAAAAAGCCGCGCCAAACCGACCAGCAUCGCCCCCGCAUGCAGCACCCAAGCCCAUGAGCGCCUCACUGAACCGGCGCUCGUCUGGCCGGAACUCACAAACCGUGGCUCUCCUCAAGGAGCUUGAUUCUGCCCGUAAUCGGAAUGCGUGGUAUGCUUCAGAGCUCGAGCUGGCCAGGAAAGCGGGCUACGUUCCCAGCCCCUCCAUGGGACCAGCACUCGAUGGAAAGGCUGUUGAGUCCUUCGAUGACGAGGACCGACCCUUGAUCGAGGCCCUUUUGGCUAUGCGGACAGAGUUGGCAAACGUGCAGAACGCUGUGGACAAGCAAGCCAUCGUUGCUGCCAAGCAGAUUGCAGAAGCGGAAAGGCAGCGAGACGUCGCCAUUCAAGAAGCAGUCUACGCCAAAGCCAAGCUGGCUGCUCAGAGCGGUGGCAGUGCAGCCAGCACGCCUCAGCCUGAUGGCGAGCGAGACGAGUUUGGUGCCCGGUCAGCCGAGCUGAGCAAGAAGCUGGCAUCUGCCCUCAACCACCAAAGGAGUCUCCAGACGCAGCUGGAGUCAGCAAAAUCCGAGCUCGAUGCCGAGAGGAGAGCUCGCAAGCUUGCUGACGACACGACAGCGGCCACCCAGAAGCGCAUGAUCGAUCUGGAGGCGUACAAGCAGCAAACCUCCGGAGAAGUGGAGCGUCUCAAGGCAGAGCUUCACUUUGCGCAGCGUGAAGCCCGGGAGCAGGCAAUGGCCAGCACCGAGGCGGUGGCUGCCCUGGAACUGCUCAAGGUCGAAAAGGAGGCUCUUUCAAGAAAGCUUGACGAAGUUGCCGACUCAUCGAAUGAUCGGGAGGAGACGUUUGAGUCUCUCAGGGCCGCCAUUGUAGCGUCGCAGGAUGCAAGCGCCCAUCUUGAGACCAAGCUUGAGGAGGAGAGAGCCCAGAGAGAAAAGGUCGAAGGCAAGUUGAACAAGCUCAAGGCUGAGCAUGAGGCGCGCACGGCAGAACUUGUUGCUGUGAGUCAGCGCCUGCGAGAUGCCGAAGAGCUUGCCGAGAAGCACGCGAACGAAGCACGAACCCAUCGGGAAGCAGUUCUGUCUGGGCUCCAGAAGCUCGCUUCGAAAGACGAGUCGGUCACGCACAACGCAGAUGCCGAGCGCGCAGUUGCACUCCAGAACCAGCUCGCUGCUGCGAACGCUUUGGUCAAGAAGUACCAGCAGGAAGCGGAUAUUGCUGCCGAUAGAUUGCGUAGCGCGGAAGAGCGCAUCGCUGGGCUUGAGCAGUACCAGGAGCAGUCCAGCCGCGAGGGUGUUGGCAUUCGACGACAGCUCCAGUCCGCUCUGCGGGAGAACCAGAGCCUCCAGGCCGCUAACUCUGACCUCAAGAACCAGUUGGCCGCCCAGCAGCUGGAAACGAACGCCAUGACGGUACAGCACAACGCACUCAGGGACAUUCUCGUCGAGCGAGGCAUCAGCCCCACUGGUGCUGUCCGAUCGCGCGGCUUCCAGAGCCCACGAACAAAUUCACCAGCAGAGCAGAGCCGCCUGCGCGAGCUCGAGGCUCAGUUGGCUAGCAUCAACGCCGCUCAUGAAGAGGCUAAGCAGACGUUCGCCAUCCAAGCCCAAGACUCUGAAACCGCGUAUCGCGAGAAGCUCUCUCAGCUGGAGAGCGAUUACCAGUCAGCUGUGCAUUAUGUCAAGGGAACGGAGAAGAUGCUGAAGCAGCUCCAGGAGCAGCUGGCUCGCUACAAGACGGAGAAUGGCCGCUUGAAGGCGGAUGUUGUGGAGCUUGAGGAUAGACUCAAGGCCGGCCCGGGCGAGCCUGGUUCGGCAGGGUGGGGCAAGGAACGUGCUGACCUGCAGACCAAGAUAUCGGACCUCGAAGUCGAGUUCCGUGACUCCGCCGCCCGGCUAGAAAAGAACCUUGAAAACCUAAAAGCCGAGCUGGCAGAGAGCCAGCGGCAACGGGACGAGGCCAACAAGUCCCUAGCCACACAGCGCAAGGAGCUGGAACAGCUCCAGACGGAGAAUGCCCUCCUCGAGCAGCGCGCCUCUGAUGCCGAACAGAAGGUCUCUCUGCUGCUAGACCAGGUCGAGCACUCUGUCGAUACCUACCGUCGCCGCAGCCGGAAUGUCGUCAGCAUAAACGCUGAAGGGCUGGCGGCCGCAAAUGGCUUGGGCCUCAGCGGCCUCAGCAGUCUCUUGGGCCACCACCGCCACGAAAGCUCCGAAGGCGAGAGCAUCUACGGGGAUAACGCAGGGAACAGAAACAGCGCUGCGCUUGACAACCUCGCCAGCGAGCUCGAGACUCUCCGGAACCACUGGGAGACGACCAACAAGAAUUACCGCCUGAGCACCAACUUCGAUUUCGACUCCGCAAACGCCCCCAAGAGAGAGGAUGAUACCCCUACCGGCAUGGGCAUGAGCGGCAGCAUUGCGGAAUGGAGGAAGCGACUUGAUUCGGACAACCACUCUGACGUGGACCAGCCCAAGCAAGGCUAA